AUGGAUGAUGUGCGCACCACCUCCGUCUUUAAGGCCCUCUCUUCCUUCUUCAUGUCGGAGAACUUCUCCGACAUGAAGAUCACUUGCGGUGGCGGUGUCUAUAGUGCUCAUAGAGUUGUUGUUUGCGGCCAAUCCUCCUUCUUCGACAAGGCUCUAUCAGGGACUUUCAAGGAAGCAGCAACCGCCACCGUCGACCUGCCCGAGGACGAUCCCGACAUCCUCGAGAAAUUUCUGGAGUACCUCUACACCGGAAACUACGACGACAAAGUCGUGCUGAAACUGAACACGCCGGCAAAUGUAGCCUUGAUGAACCAUGAAGAAGUGAUGGAGAAGCUGAGCCAUCCUCCUGGAGUCUUAUUACCAGUUCGUCCGCUCAAGGGGACUCGGAAUUUGGAAUCGAAACCGGGCGAAAGGGGAAUUAAAUCGUCUAGAAGUACCUUGGAUAGUGACGACGAUCCCGAUGACUCUAACUACCAAGCAAGCGACCAUGGCCGACAACCACCGGGCCCUGAAGACCGUGUUAAGACCGAAAACGAGGAGGAGGAGGAGGAGGAGGAUGGGCUCCCCGUCGAAAUCGAACAGGACUACAACCCAACCCGGGCCGUGGUUGACGGGGACCCGGCCACGGACAGGAACGUCUUCAUCCGCGACCAGGCCGCCGUGCGCAACGACCUCUUCCUGCACCUGCGGGUGUACGUCAUGGCCGACAAGUUCGCCGUGCCGGCCCUCAAGCUCCUCGCGCGUGACCGCUUCUACCGCGCCGCCGAGCUGGCGUGGGACGUGGCCGACGAGUUCCCCGACGUCGUCGACGAGCUGUACACCAACACCCCCGACACGGACGUCGACAUGCGCGGCAUCGUCUGCCGCCUCGUCGGGAACAACGUGUUCGACGACAGGGUGAGGGAGAGGCUGGAACCGGUCAUGAGGAAGCACGGCGAUUUCGCCGUUGGCGUGCUCAAGCACGUCAUCGCUGAGAGCAAGGAACGCUGGUGA